AUGCCUAUGCACCAGGGGUUUCUCCCCCGAGAAGGCCUCUACAGCGCCCCGAUUUUUAAGCUGUUUGCGAGAACAGCGCUGAACCCGUCACUGGUGCUUCCGCUGUUGCUACUCGCGCGGUACACCAAGCGCGGAAGCGACCUGAGCAUUUUGCACCCAACUGCGUACGGCGGCAUCAAGAAACUCUUCUACUGGGGCCUCGUCAGAACAAUUUCCAGGUAUCUGUCGGAAAAGUCUCGAAAUAACUGGGUGAAGGACCGAUAUGACUGGUCGCGCGAAAUUGUCCUUGUAACAGGUGGUGCGGCUGGCAUCGGCGCCCAGGUUGUCAAGCUCUUUGACGAGUUGGCGAUUAAGGUUGUGGUUUUAGACAUUCAACCAAUGUCCUUUGCUACCUCCUCGCGGGUGCAUCACUACAAGUGCGAUCUCCGUUCCCCAUCUAGUGUGCAAGAGGUUGCGGAGAGAGUACGCAUCGAAGUCGGGCAUCCUACAGUCCUACUCAACAAUGCUGGCGUCGCAAGGGGAAAAACAAUUCUCGACUCGGAGCCUGGUGAUGUCCGCUUCACAUUCGAUGUCAACACACUCUGCCACUACUGGCUUGCCAAGGCAUUCCUCCCCAGCAUGGUCGCGCGCAACCACGGCAUGAUUGUGACUGUUGCUUCCGCGGCCUCGUGGGUCACAGCACCAGCUAUGACGGACUAUGCUGCUUCCAAGGCCGCAGCGAUGGCUUUCCAUGAGGGCCUUUCGGCGGAGCUCGUCACUCGAUACCAUGCCCCCAAGGUUCGCACCGUCAUUGUGCACCCGGGCCACGUGAAAACACCUCUAUUCCAAGGUUUUAAUCAGGGCAACGAUUUUCUGAUGCCGAGUCUGGAGGUUGAUACCGUGGCCGAAGGUAUUGUGAAGCAGGUCCUGACCGGCCGAAGCGGCAACGUCAUUUUGCCGGAGACGGGCGCCAUGGCCGCAUUUCUGCGCGUCCUGCCAGACUGGUUGUCUUACAAGUCACGCGUCGAUGGAGACAAGUACAUGGCCGAGUGGAAUGGCCGCCAAGUGAUUAAGGAUGUGAAUGCGUCCUUUGAUGAGGAAGAGGCGGGCGAAGUAAAAAAGGGCACGGUGCACGUGGCCUGA